ACAUAUCCACAUUCUUAUCUUAACUGAAGCGAAGCAGGUGUCCAGCAGCAGAAAAGAGCAGUUAUAACAUCCCGGAACAUCCUGACAGUCAGAUGUUUCCCCUGAGAUGAGUUUGGUGUUGAAGAACGUGCAGCGAGCUGUCGGGCUCAGGAGAGCACCUCUUCGCAGGAGGAUAGAGGUGCUGAGGCAAAUUUUAGGGGUGCAGAAAUUCGACGUGGCCAUCAUCUGUGUUGACAACAAGAAGAUCCAGCAUAUUAAUAGAAUCUACAGAAAGAAAAACAUCCCCACGGAUGUGCUCUCUUUUCCAUAUCAUGAGAAUCUGACAGCUGGGGAAAUCCCCCAGCCUGACUUCCCAGAUGACUACAACCUGGGGGACAUUUUCCUGGGCGUGGAGUACAUCUUCCAGCAGUGCAGAGGUGGCGAGGACUUCCAUGAUGUGCUGACUGUGACUGCCACCCAUGGACUGUGUCAUCUGCUGGGCUUCACACACAACACAGAGACCGAGUGGCAGAAGAUGUUCCUGAAGGAGCAGCAGGUCCUGGAGGAGUUGAGCCAGUACACAGGGACCCAGCUGCAGCCGCUGACCCAGAACCUCUUCUGACGAGUUGGAGCACUGCUGGGCUCACUCUGAAUAAAGUUGCUCUGAGCACUG